AGCGCCAGUCUCACACUUCAACCGAUGCGCCGCGUCCCCGGCAGCCUCGCGUCAGCACCGCCGGUCACAUCUCAAACUUGUCAGACUUUGCAUGACAGCCUAUUUCAAAGCAUGGAUUUGGACGCGGAUUGUUGUCAUUUUGGAUGAAAUCACGGUCUGCUGCAGACAGCCCCGCCUUGUGACACCUUGCGACCCGACACCGGCUUUCUCGCUCAUCGCACUGUUGUUCAUUUAUUGACGGGUUUCAGGGCGACUGCUGUGUAAUAUGAUGGUGCGUCCGUGUCUUGCGCGCCGGGCUCUGGGCUGAACGCAUGCAUGAGCGCGGAACGUGGAUAGAUAGCGCGUUUCUCUCUCUGCGUUUCUCAGUGUAAUCAGCGCCUUUCUAAAUGGAUGAGGAAAUAGACACCCGCAAGAUCAACAACAGCUUCCUUCGCGACCACAACUAUGCAACUGAAGCUGACAUCAUAUCCACUGUUGAGUUCAACUCGACAGGAGAACUCCUGGCCACUGGGGACAAAGGUGGACGAGUGGUGGUCUUCCAGAGGGAACAGGAGAGUAAGAACCAGCCUCACCGUCGGGGGGAGUACAAUGUUUACAGCACCUUUCAGAGCCACGAGCCCGAGUUUGACUACUUGAAAAGCCUGGAGAUUGAGGAGAAGAUCAACAAAAUCCGCUGGCUGCCGCAACAGAAUGCCGCCUAUUUCCUCCUGUCCACCAACGACAAAACUGUGAAGCUAUGGAAAAUCAGCGAGAGAGACAAACGACCGGAGGGCUACAAUCUGAAGGAUGAAGAAGGCAGGAUACGGGACCCAACCACCAUCACAUCUCUGAGGGUGCCUGUGUUGAGGCCCAUGGACUUGAUGGUGGAAGCAACACCACGUCGCAUAUUCUCUAAUGCUCACACCUAUCACAUUAACUCCAUCUCAGUCAACAGCGACUAUGAGACGUACAUGUCCACGGAUGAUCUGAGGAUCAACCUAUGGAACCUGGAGAUCACAAACCGAAGCUUUAAUAUUGUGGACAUAAAGCCAGCCAACAUGGAAGAAUUGACCGAGGUGAUCACAGCGGCUGAGUUUCACCCUAACCAGUGCAACACAUUUGUCUACAGUAGCAGCAAGGGCUCCAUAAGAUUGUGCGACAUGAGAACCUCCGCACUUUGUGACAACCAUUCUAAAUUAUUUGAGGAACCAGAAGACCCCAGUAAUCGCUCCUUCUUCUCAGAGAUCAUCUCCUCCAUCUCAGAUGUGAAAUUCAGCCACAGUGGACGCUACUUGAUGACCCGUGACUACCUCACAGUGAAGGUGUGGGACAUCAACAUGGAGAGCAGGCCUUUGGAAACUUACCAGGUCCAUGACUACCUUAGGAGUAAGCUGUGCUCACUGUACGAGAAUGACUUCAUCUUCGACAAGUUUGAAUGUGUCUGGAAUGGAACUGACAGUGUCCUAAUGACAGGCUCCUACAACAAUUUCUUCCGUAUGUUCGAUCGAAACACUAAGCGCGACGUCACUCUGGAGGCCUCGCGGGAAAACAGCAAACCCAGAGCCAUCCUCAAGCCACGCAAAGUUUGUGUUGGUGGCAAGCGUCGUAAAGAUGAAAUCAGCGUGGACAGUCUGGACUUCAGUAAGAAGAUCCUACACACUGCAUGGCACCCCAAUGAGAACAUCAUCGCUGUGGCUGCCACCAACAACCUCUAUAUAUUUCAGGACAAGGUCAACUAGCAUGUAGCUCUGAUGUCUCCAGUUAUCACAGCAACAAGAGGCAUUAUUUCUCUAGAUGAACUGGGGGUGGAAAGGUUGGACUCACUAGCAGUGAACUUGAACAUCUAGGUGAGCUUUGCCUUCUACAGCAGAUUUGAUACUGCACUGGAUCUAACAAAACUUGCACUGCAACCAUGGACAAUGACACUGGCUGUUGGACUGCUUUUGUUUUUAAUUUCUUCAAAUCCCCCUCGCUAGAGGUUUAUCGGUAAUGCACAGCAAUACAAAGAGGAUCCUUUGACCUUUAAUGUCAUUAAAGGCCCUUUCACAUGACUCAUGUCAUGGCUUGAGCACAUCUCUCCAGCACCAUUUGACCUCCAUGAGAAGCGUCGUAGAUGCCGUCAUGGAAGGAUGUUGCUAGGUUGGAAGAAAAUGGGAAAUGUACUGUGAAAAUAAAGCAAAGAAAAAUUUAUUUGAGCUUAGAGCAGAAAAAGAGUCCUGCUGAUUGCUUUGAGAGAAAAAAAUAGAAUGUGUUUCUCUGAAUGUCAUGAUAUGCCUUUGAAGUUGAGCAGCUGCACAGCCUCUUCCAUCUUGCUUUGAUUUUUGUGCUGGCGUCUCUCACGUAAUGUCAUGCAAACGUGGUAAUCAUUGGAUGCGUUUUGAAAGCUCAACGAAAAGCCUAGUCAAAUUUGACAUUGAAUGCUACAAUAUUUGCUAGAAUAUUUUAACUUCACGCUAUUGUGUGCAAUGCAUUGAAGAGUCAUGUGAAAGGGCCUUAAGAUAAUGAGAGGAAAUGUUUCAACUGAGUCCGUAUUCAUCCUAUAUCCGAUUCUUGCUUCUUGGCAGGACAGAGGAUGCGGAUGGCUUUGAUAACUGCAUAUGUUGUGGCUGCUGUGGCCGUGAGGUCUCCCAACUUUUCAGCUUCUGAAUUUUCAUUUCCCGUUUUACUUAAUGAAGGUGCAUGCAUCAUUUCAAAACCCAGCUUAUGGGUUGAUUGAUGCAACAAACAGGAAUGGUGUAAAAUUGAAGUAAACAAUGUAGCAUAUGUAUUAAUGUUCUGCUUUUUUGUUCUAAUUUGAUAAAGAAAAGGGGGGAAAAAAACUAAUAAAAAUCAAG